AUGUCAUCAGCUGCCACUAAACCAGUUAAAAGAUCAGGUAUCAUUAAAGGUUUCAACAAAGGUCAUGCAGUAGCUAAACGUACUGUUACCUCAACCUUCAAAAAACAAGUUGUCACCAAACGUGUUGCUGCCAUCCGUGAUGUUAUUCGUGAAAUCUCCGGUUUCUCCCCAUACGAACGUCGUGUUUCUGAGUUAUUAAAAUCAGGUUUAGAUAAACGUGCCCUCAAAGUUGCCAAGAAGAGAUUAGGUUCAAUCCAAGCUGGUAAAAAGAAGAGAGAUGAUAUUGCUAACAUCAACAGAAAAGCCUCCGCCAAAUAA